UAACCUGGGAGUGAAUUGUGUCUUCCAAGCGUCAUUGUAUCCGUCGGUUUGCAAACAACUUCAUAAGGAAGUCUGCUUGGCUUUGCAUUGUGCGCUUCUGCCUUUGAUUUCGUGCCUCCUUGGAUGUUGCGCCACGCUGCACAGCAUUUGCCAGCUGACAUGUGAGGGAUAGCGUGCAGUUUACAGUACGCAGGCAAUAACUCAUUAAUCCUCAGCGUUUUCAGUGCCAGGAACCCGAGCUGAUGAGUGCGCCCCACCUCUUCCUCUCCAAAUAAUAAUCUUCAGUAUGUUGUUUACCGCGUUUGCCAGAUGAUACCUGUUGAUUUUGCAUCGCGCCAUGUCCUUCUGUCGGACUGAAGUGGACAAUGAAGUUAUGGGAUAGCCUAACCACUUGUUUGAUACUGCUGAGCGCCGUGCACGCCAGCUCGCUGCUCCGGAGCCUACAGCAGUCCACGUCCACCACCAAGAGGAGAGGGCGCGCCGCCGAGAGUCCCCUGGAGCUCCCGCCGGUUCAGAUCCGCCUGUCUGUCACUUCCCCGGGCAUCAGCCGUGCUCAGGCGGAUACAGCAGACUGGGAAGAGACGCUGGCUGGAGGAGAACAAUACACCAUGGAGGAGCUCUCCCUAAACAAGUUUGAAGAUGUGGUGGACUUUAUAAAAGUGACCAUUAGUAGAAUACGGCGCUCCUCCUCAUCCACCGUGUCCUCAUCUACCUCCUCCACCACCUCCUCCCUAUCCAAAGAAAACUUGAGCAGCAGGACUCGACGAAGAAGGGAGAGGAAGAAGGGAGCGAGUCAGCAGAGUGGUAACGGAGGAAGAGGAGGAGCUAGAGGGGGAGAGACAGGGAGGAAGAGUAGGGGAAGAGGAGGAAAUGGACGAGGACAGGGCUGUGUGCUCAAACAGAUCCACCUCAAUGUGUCAGACCUUGACCUGGGCUACCGCUCCAGCGAGGAAAUGAUAUUCAGGUACUGCUCUGGACCCUGCAGGAAGUCCGAAACCAACUACGACAAAAUUCUUUACAACCUGGCUCACAACAGGAGGCUUCCUCCCAAGGACACACCCCCUCAGGCUUGCUGUCGGCCAAUAGCGUUUGACGAUGACCUCUCGUUUCUGGACGACAACCUUGUCUACCACACCGUGAGGAAGCACUCUGCGAGGAGGUGUGGCUGUGUGUAGGGAGUGUGAGCUGGUGUCAGGCCUUGUGUAAUUUUACAUUCACUCCCACUUAGAAGUGUGAUGUUGAGUGUUUUUCCUUCUGAUUAUUCUCGCUGUGAGGAAACUUUCUGGCAUUACGUGGUCAGUAAAUAGGGAGAGGAAGUGUCAUCACUACAGCUUAAACCCCAAAGUAAUGAUUCCUAAUGGUCCUCUUCUUCUCAUAGUUGGCUCAGUCACAAUAUCCACAGUUUCCUUUAUACCAUGUUUUCAGUGUGAUCUUAAAUGUUUCCAUGGAUGCUCAAUCUGAAAGGACUGAAAUCAAUCAGACACAACGGAUGAUUCAGCAGACUCACUCCGUCUACUGUAUAGCACAUGUGUAAUAUGGAAAAAGUUAUACACAUAUGAAAUGUAUUUAUGAAAUCUUGAAUCUAUUAACUUAUUGAUAUUUAUUUUGUUUUUAUAAAAGGAAUACAUGUUAUUUAUUACUGUAAUGUGAUAUCUCAGUGUGCCAAAGGUUUAAAUCAAGUUUGAUUUAUUUCCAUAUCAAAGCAGUAAAAGACUGGGUUUACAUUGCAAAAGGAUCUUUUACACAUCAGGAACUUAGGUUAAAGGUGCCUGUGGAGUUGUCGUGUAAACAAAGAUAGUUAUAUUUGUGCAUUCAGUGUUUAUCACCGUAACACAUUGUGUGUAUUCUAAUCCUAACAAAUGUGUUGAGUGCAUAUCCUUCCUCAUAAAAAGCAAAUCAAAGCAGAUUUAUAAUAUAAUAUUUUAAACCUCUUUAAAGGUGUAUCUAAUCGCCCACAUGCUAACUCACAUGCAUGUGCAUCCUCAAACAACAAGCGGACCCACUCUUAAAAACAUGGUUCAUCGCUUCUAGCGGUCAAAAACUCCACAGGACACCUAAAUUCUCCCUGAGUAUCUUUAAGGUGUCCUGUGGUGUUUUCUUGUAAACAAACAAUUUUGCAUUGAGUGUUUCCCACCAAAACACAUUAUGUGUAUUCUUGAGAUCUAACAAACAAGUUGAAUACAUUUCCUUCCUCAUCAAACAUUUGCAAAGCCGAUUUAAUAAAAUAUUUUAAGUUG